AUGGAAUUGGCAAUAAUGAAGAAAUGGGAACGAGAAAAGAAACAAAUGGUCGUCCGUCAUGAUUCAACGUUAUGGCUUCAUGAGUCUCAAUUCAUCUUAAACUUUAUCUUCGAUGACAACGAGGAAAUUCGUGACGAAGAAAUUGAACGGAAAUUCAAAUUAUUUGAUGCUUUAAUGGCAAACGAAGAGGAACUUUUUCUUGUGCUUGAAUUCAUUUUCGAUUAUAUUAAGAAUGAAGCCAGAAAUGAGAAUCAAAUUUUUCAUGAAAAAGUUCAAAAUUUAUUGUUUAGAAGAUUUGAGGAUAUUCAUAAAAAUAUUAUGGAAUCAGAAUAUCCUAUUUUCGAUCAUUUUAGGAAUUAUGCCAAAACUGUGUCAAUUUGUGAUAAAACUUCGAGAAAGUUGUGGAAAGUUGACGAGAACAAGAAUGUCUUGCAAGAUUUGAUUCCGAAAUUCAAGAGCAACACAGCUGUUAACUUUAAGGAAAUUACAGUCACAGCUGAGUUUUGUUUUGGAGCUGAUUGGCAUGAAAAGUUCAAUAAAAGUGGAAAAAAGUUCCUUUCAGAUGAGGAACUUAAGAGAUUUGAGACUAAGAAUGUUGAAUUUUCUCAGCAACAAGAUGCAAAAAGAUCAUUAAAGCUUUGUGACUUGGUUGAUAAGAAUUUCAAUGCUGAUGAAAAGGAAGCAUUUUAUAAGAAAGUCGAUUUAAGGGAAGUCAGCAUUAUUGAUGUAAAACUUGAGAUAAUAUCAAGGAUGAGAGAUGCUGUUGUUAAAAAAUCAUUUUUUAUCAAAAUGUCUAAAGGAAUUAAAUUAUGA